AUGUGUGGCCACCACGCUUCAUCAUUUGAUGAUUGGCACGACGUACGAGAAUUGCGUCGCAAAAAGCUAGACUUAGAGUGCCGGCUACCACUUAUCGUGUCAAAUGAAUAUUUCAAGGCAGAUGAAGCCGCGUGGGAUGCCAUAAUCGCCCUUCAGACUCUUCGAUAUCGGUAUAGAAAGAAUGGUAGGAUGGAACUCGAACUCGCGACCUUACUUUUUCUCUCUAGAAGGCACAUUUCAUUCGACUAUCGAGAUAAGCUAUAUGCGCUCUUUAAUUUACUGGGCGAUAAAGAGCGAUCAGAUCUUUCCUUGCAGCAGGAUUAUAGUCUUUCUCUAGCGGAGAUGGGCAAAAAAACUAACAGUAGUGCCUUUUCAGCCGAUAAUUCUGAGAAUCUGUCAUCAUGGACCCUAGAUUUAUAUGCGCUUCGUCGACCAAUUGCCCUUGAGUCUAGAGAUGCCAUGCAGCAAAGCACACUGCAGGACCCACACGAUGCAUCACAAGCAUAUAAUGCUGGAGGCAAGUAUGUUCUGGACGACCACCCAUUUACGUUCUCUAGCGACCUCAGGAUUUUGAAAGUAUGGGGUAUUGUCAUAGACUCCGUCAUAGAUUGCGACCUAGAACUGCGGCUUUCUCAAAAUAUGUGUUGGGAAAGCUCGAGGGGGAAAACUGUAGCAUUUAAUUGCCGACGAUUCUUUAAUUGUCUUGGCCCGGAGAGUGUUAGAAGUGGUGAUCUACUGGUCGUGCUAUUUGGCAGCACUGUGCCUUUUUUGCUUCGGGAAAUCCAAGUUGAUUGUGUAGAAGCUGAACCUGGACCACCAGGAGAAAGUUACGCUGAAGGUAUCAUGGAGGGUGAAAUUCUGGAAGCAUGUCAAGCUGGUGACAACAAGGGGCAGGAGUUCUGGCUUGAGUAG